CUGACCAUUUCAAGCGGUAUACGGAGAGAACAAAAGACGGAAGUAACAGCGCUGAACGCAUUCCGAUCAAAAGAUGACAUGUACUGCCCAGCACAUGUAGCCUUAUCUCUGUCACCUACUUCACUGAAGUCAUCUUCUCCUGCCAUACAGUGGCCAUUCAGCAGCUCACGUAAAGAACUUGGGGCGGUUACGGAAGAGGCUACGAAACCAUCUAUGAGCUCUCAAAGCCUUCUCCCUGAGCGGGUAGAGCCUGUUCCCAAACAUCCUCCGAGACCUAGCCAGCCUUGCCGUAAACCGGCGACAGAUGGAAUGUUGACGACAAUGAGGCCAAUUCUAACUAGACCAACCGCGGUACGCUCCAAUUCGGAUCCAGACCUAGCCAAGUCAUACAUGAACCCAAGGUCACGCGAUCGGCACUUGCCCUUGAGGUCUUGUAUCAAGAAGAGAGCGAAGAGCGAUACUUUCACGUCGCUCGAUGGAUUACGACGGAACACAGGGAACCAUGAAGCCAAGGCCCUUUGUCGCAUCAAAACUGUCGAUUUUGAAGGAGGUGGCUCCAAACCCUCUUCCCAGGUCUCGAGCACAGUUAGUAUACUGAAGAGCCUAGACCAGGCUUCAAAGCACGAUGUCAAAACGCUUCCCAGACCGACUUGUAAGCGAAGAAGAGCUGCCAGUAAUUCUCUAUCGUGCCCGAAUACAAUUCACGCAACGAAGAGCAGUGUGGCAGACCCGGCAAUCACACGAACAGAUGUACACGUUGUCGCCAUCACGCCCGCAUGGGACGCACACGACAUUACCAACGAGGAAGGACCCGAUCCAGCCACACCGACGAUGCAAGUCAUAGAAACGAAGACCAGUAGCUAUGAAGUCAUAUGGGAUGAUGUGCCGCUGGAGCGGAAAGUAAGAGGGAGAGGGCGGCGAAGCUCUUCUGCAAGCCACUCUUUGGAAAUGGUCAGUCCAUCUGCCAGGCGGGGUCUUGAGAGGGUCAACUCCAAGCUUGCAGGCUGGUUUGGAAGCUGGAAUAGUGCAUCAGACAGCUUCAAGCCCACGAUUGUAGUCUUUCCAGACGACGAUGGCCGAACCACGGGCUUCGAUUGCGCUGCAGAGGAUAGAGAAGAUUUGCCGCUACUCGCGCCUCCGAAUAGCCAGGUUACCAGCACCACUUCUUCCUGCCAUCCGUCUCGUCCUGCAAGCGUGCCCCUGAAUGGGGUUGUUUCCAGCGGAGAUGUUCCAAGAGGAGAUGUCAUGGACGAAACACUUCUGUAUGUUGGUCAGAAUUUGUUACAAUCCUCAGAGCACUCAUUACUUGUACGGAGCCCUGAAAUUCAGCGCAAGGGAAGAUGGAACAAGCACUCCACGAAGACUCGCCAUCUCUCAAGCCUCGAAGAAACAGACACGCGCUUCCAUGGCCAUGGCGACUCUGUUACUGUAGCCCAUGCCCGCCUUACCCGUUCAGGAAAUGUCUCACCUAAGCCGUUUGAGCGACAAGAUUCUUAUGAGAUAGCUAAAAAGCGGAAACACAUCCGCAAUCAGGCUGAAUCGGUAGAAAGUGGGUAUUCUCAGCCCAAGGAGUCGUCAAUCGAGGCUUUGGAUCUCGUCACGAGCAAUGAUACGACCAAACAGUCGCUGCUUGCAGUCAAAGCGCACGCCGCACAGGCACUGAAGAACGGCAAGCUGGCAUCCAUUCUCCGCUCACCAAACUAUAGUACCGAUCAGCGACACUUG